CAGCGCAGCGAAGUGCUCCACCGGACAACCGCGCGGGUCCGAGUCCAUACACCAUCCACAAUAAACCAUAUAAGAUCAAGUGCAGUGGCAAUUAAACGACGAGUCGUGAGAGUGCCAGUGAAAAUAAAUUCCCAUUGGGUUAAAGUUGAAGACAAAAGCCCCAAAAGCUACAGUACGUGCAAUUUUCCGAGACAAACAAGUUGCUGCUGCUCAAAGCUUGGGGGACUCACUGAGAACGCCAUUAAGUAAUUUUAUCUGCUGCCUGGCAGUGGAGACGUAGCGGAGGAGCAAAGCUUUCGAAGCCAUGGAUUUCAGAAAAUAUUUAGGUUUAUUGGCUCUCGUCCUGCUGGCUGUUCUGACGCUCAACGGUCGCCCAGUAGAUGCCUGCUCCUGCAUGCCCUCGCACCCACAGACGCACUUCUGCAAGGCCGACUAUGUUGUGCAGCUGCGAGUGCUGCGCAAAUCGGACACCAUCGAUCCGGGCAAGACCACCUACAAGGUGCACAUCAAGCGCACUUACAAGGCCACUCCCGAGGCACGUCGCAUGCUGCGCGAUGGACGUUUGGCCACGCCCAACAGUGACUCCAUGUGUGGCAUCAGGCUGGACCUCGGCAAAGUCUACAUCAUCGCGGGACGCAUGCCCACGCUGAACGUGUGCAGCUACUACAAGGAGUACACCAAGAUGACCAUCACCGAGCGCCACGGAUUCAGCGGCGGCUACGGCAAGAGCUGCAAUUGCACCGUAUCACCCUGCUUUGGCCAGCAGUGCCUGCGACAUCGAGAGUACUCCGAUGGCUGCAAGUGGUCGCCGUUCGGCAAGUGCGAGCGCGACUACAGCGCCUGCAUGCCCCAUGUGACGCACACGGUGAACGGCAGCAUCUCCCGGUGCCGCUGGCGGCGCACGCAACUCUACAGAAAGUGCCUCAGCAAUCCGUAGGCGGAUAGGGCGCCCCCAAUCCCCCUAAUCCUUGUUAUGCUACCGUUUCUCUCUGUCCAGAGCUUUAAUACGUACGUUAUGCCUAAUGUGUUAUUUAUUAAUUGAUGCUUUUGAAAUGUAACCGAGCUUCGAACAGCUACUUAAUUA